CUAAAUCAUAUAUAUUUUCCUAAUGUAAAACCCAAAACCAGAGAGAGAACAAACCCUAGAUUAUAUCUAUGUGCAUAAUGUAAAACCCAUCUCAGCCAGUAGGCUGUAAAAAGUUUUGGUAGUUACUCUGGUUAGGUAACUGAAACUGGGUAGAGCACUGAUCUUUGGAAAACUAACAUGGUUUUCCCAUGCCCACUGAGUACAAAAGUUAAGUUUUCUAACCAUCUAUAUAUAAUCCUAGGAUGAGAGGGCCUUGUUCAAGGAUCAAUAGAGGGCUCUUCAACUUGACCCACUAAAGAGUUAGCAGGGAUCAUCCCCCCCAUGUCUAAGAUGAGGUUGGAGGGAAAGGUAGCCAUAAUCACUGGGGCUGCCAGCGGCAUAGGUGAGGCCGCCGCAAGGCUGUUCGUGGAGAACGGGGCACGCGUAGUCAUAGCCGAUAUCCAAGACGAGCUCGGGAUCCAAGUUGCCACUUCCAUAGGCUUAGAGCAGUGUAGCUACAAACAUUGUGAUGUGAGAGAUGAGAACCAAAUUAGAGAAACUGUGAGAUUUGCCCUAGAGAAAUAUGGAAAAGUGGAUGUCAUGUUCAGCAAUGCAGGAGUUCUAGGACACCAAACCAGCAUCUUAGACAUGGAUGCCAAAGAGUUUGAUGAGACAUUGAGCAUCAACUUAAGGGGAAUGACUUUGGCUGUGAAGCAUGCCGCCUGUGCAAUGGUCGAGAAGGGAACUUGUGGUUCAAUCAUAUGCACGGCAAGCGUGUCCGCCUGCAUAGGAGGUGUGGCCGCACACUCGUACACGAUCUCGAAGCACGCGGUGGUCGGCCUCGUGCGCUCGGCCUCAAGUGAUCUCGGCAGACAUGGGAUCAGAGUGAAUUGUAUCUCCCCAUAUGGUAUGGCCACCCCAUCAGUUUGCAAAGCUUAUAAUUCUACCCCUGAUGAAAUAGAGGCUGAUUGUAAUUAUCGCUCAACCCUAAAGGGAGUGACACUGAAGCCCAAGCAAAUUGCAGAGGCUGCUUUGUUCCUUGCCUCCGAUGAAUCAUCCUUUGUUAGUGGGCAUAAUCUGGUCGUUGAUGGUGGAUUCACAGUCGUUGAUCACAGCGCUCCAUCAAACAAGUAAAAUGGUCUUUAUUUCACCUCUAUUCUUCCAAGUGAAAUCUCUAAGAGGGCAGUAUGGAAAUUACCAAGAGAUGAACGCUUUGGGAUUUAUUCUAUUUUUUUCUCGCUUGGCAUGAAUAAAACACUUUAUAGUUUAUACCAUUUACGGAACUCCUGCAAAACCCAUUGUUGAACCCCGUUGAGGUGUGUUAGCACCAGCUGAGCUAGGUAUGUGAUGAAGUACUGAAAGUAUCUAAGAAAAUUUUCCUAAAAUUUCUUAAAAUUGCAGAUGGCAUCUAACAUGGCCAUUUGUAGAAGAUGCUUGCUAUGUAGGCUGUGUUAUAUUAGUAUUUAAUGCUUAGAUGUUUUUUAAUUUGGUCA